GAUGACCCCGACAACAUGCACUUUGACCGCCACCCUCGCUUCGACCUCCAGCCACAAGGUUCCAUCCUGGCGCGGAACGUGUCAACUCGGUCCUGUCCGCCUCGCACCAGCCCCCCCUCUGACCUGGAGGAGGAAGAGGAGGGCAGCAGUGAACGAGGAGAGCGUAAAGCUGGGGGCAUAAAGCUGGUGAAGAAGAAGGCACGGAGACGGCAUACAGAGGACCCAAGCAAGGAGUGCUUCAGCCUUAAGUUUGACUUGAAUGUGGACAUAGCCACUGAGAUAGUCCCUGCUGUCAAAAAGAAAACGCUACGUGAGGUAGUGGGACCAGUGUUUGAGCGUAAAGGCAUUGAGCUGUCCCGAGUGGACCUGUUCCUGGAUCAGUCCAACACUCCUCUGUCACUGAGCUUUGAGGCCUAUCGCUUUGGAGGACACUAUCUUAAAGUUAAAGCUCGGCCAGGUGACGAGCUGAAGGUAGAACAGGGGGUGAAGGACUUGCGUUCUCUCAGUCUGCCCAACAUGAAGCCUGCAGGGAGCCAGAGCAGUAGCCCGUACAUCCUCACGCCGGGCGGGGAGAAGCUGGAGCACGGUUCUCUGGGCCGUAGAGAGAGCGUGGAUCUCCUGGGUCAGGCACGACGCCGAAAGAACAUGACCGAGUUCUUGGGCGAUGCCAACAUCCCAUCCCCAGAUUCGCUGGCUCAGCUGGGUGGCUCACUGCCCAGUAUAACGCCCCUGACAGCUGGGCCGGACAGCUGGAAGAACCGUGCCGCUAGUCGCUUUAGUGGCUUCUUCUCCGCCGGAGCGGGCAAGGAGGUGGAUCGAGUUGAGCAGCUCCAGAAUAAACUGCAGUCGUACACACACUACGGCCUGCCCAGGGUACCAGCACAGCUCUCCUUCCACCAUGACUCCUGGGAAGAGGAGGAAGAGCCCAGUCUGACCCUGGAGGACAGCUGGCAACAACUAUUAGAGAGCCCAGAGACCCUGAGUAGGCGUCAGUUUCAUCAGCAGGAGGCGAUAUGGGAGCUGCUGCAGACAGAGGCAGCCUACAUCAAGAAACUUAGAGUCAUCACUGAUUUGUUCCUGUGUGGCCUGUUGAACCUGCAGGAGAGCGGACUCCUGGGUGAGGUGGAGUCUGUGAAACUCUUCAGUAACAUUCAGGACAUAGUGCGUGUACACACAGCCCUGUGGGUGCAGGUGAUGCAGCCGGCGCUGGAGAAAGCCAGACAGGCUCGGACGCUCCUUAACCCAGCCGACCUGCACCAUGGCUUCACCACUUUUGCCUCCAGGUUCCAGCCCUAUAUUCGUUACUGUAUGGAGGAGGAGGCCUGUUUGGAAUACAUGCGUUCUCUGCUGAGAGACAACGAACUCUUCAGGAUUUAUGUGACGUGGGCAGAGGCCAAUAAACAGUGCAACAGGCUCAAACUGGCAGACAUGCUAGUCAAACCCCACCAGAGACUCACCAAGUACCCACUGCUACUGAAGAGCAUCCUGAAAAAGACAGACGAACCCACGACCAGAGAUGCCCUCAACCACAUGGUGGUCUGUGUGGAGGGCUUCAUUAACAGCGUGGACGCUCAGAUGCGACAGCGGCAGGAGCAGCAAAAACUGGCUGCCAUCUCGGCUCGGGUGGAGUCCUAUGAGGCGGUGGAGGGGGGCAGUGAGGAGGUGGAGAAGGCCCUGAAAGACUUCAACCGCUUCGACCUGAUGGCCCCCAUGUUAGACGUUUCCCCAGAGGAGACCAGACAGCUGCACCUGGAGGGGGCACUGCGCAUGAAAGAGGGCAAAGACAGCAGAAUGGACGUAUACUGUUUCCUGUUUACAGAUCUCCUACUGAUCACUAAACCAGUGAAGCGUUUAGAGAGAGUGAAGGUCAUCAGACAGCCUCUGCUUAUUCACAAUGUGGUGUGCAAAGAGCUCAAAGAUCCAGGCUCGUUCGUACUCAUCUACCUCAAUGAGUUCAAGAACGCUGUGGCUGCUUACUCUUUCCAGGCCAACAGCGCCACCCAGGGGCGAAGCUGGGUAGAUGCCAUCUGUAACGUCCAGAAUCAGUUACAGAGGCUCCGGACAGAGGAGGCACACAGGCGACAGGCCUGUUUGAAACAGAGACUGGAGGAGGAGGAAGAGGAGGUGGAUGAAGAGGAGAGCAGUAAUUCUGCCACAAGCUCUCCAAGCCUAAAACACAAAGAGCAGAACAACAGUCUGUCAGAUGGCUCCACGGAAACACUCUCAGUAAUGGACACGGAAGAUUCUGGAAUUCCCUCCGACUCCUCCACCCCACAGACAGAUCCAGGGGGGCCAUGCACCAUCAUCAUAACGCCUAAUUCGCCUGUGGCCACCCACCCCCCCGCGGACUACCCUCCAGUGCCCGAGUGUGAGGAGGGCAGGGUGUCCCCCCAGGACCUCGACCCCCAGUCCCGUUCUCUCUCCAUGGACAGCGCCUACGGCACCCUUUCCCCCGAGUCUCUGCUCGACCUACGGGGUCGCACCGUGGCCAGCGAGGGGGAGGACACGGAGGCAGACGAGGCCGAGAUGGAGGGAGAGGAAGAAGACAUGGACAAACAGAGCCGUGUCCUGAGAGAGGAAAGAGAAGGAGAUGAGGAUGAUGAUGGUGAGGAGGAAGAGGAGGACAGGACGUCAUUCGGCUCUCAGCUGUCGGUGGCACACUCGCUGAAGCCGCGGCGUAGACCUCCAGUGCAGUCACGCCUGCACUUCCUGCAGAACCUGGCCCUGAAGUCCCGGUCUGAGGACAACCUGUUACAGUGUGUCCAUGAGCGCGGGGGCGGUCGCAAUGUUGCCAGGGCUGCCACCGCAUGCUCCGCCUCUAAACGUGUGACAGAUGGGUUGUCUUACAGCAAGAGCAUGUCCGAACUAAACCAUAGCAACGCGGACGCUUCUCUUGGUGAAGAUGGUGAGAGUGAGGACAAAGAGCGACUGACGUGUAGUCUUCCGUCGCACAUACUCUCAGACACACUGAAACAGGACGAGGCCCGGGUGACCCAGAGGAAGCGCCCGGGCAGGGAGAGCAAGAGUCAGCCCUCCAGCAGUGGUUCUGAUGGAGAACUAGCCUCCCACGCCUCUCUGGAUGAGGGCUUAGAUAGCAGUAGAAGGUUGCCUGGGCAACAGCACAAGAAGCUGACCUUGGCUCAGCUCUACAGAAUACGCACGACAUUAGUUCUCAACUCCACACUCACUGCCUCGUAA